AUGAACAAGAACCGCUCGAAAAUCGCCAAGCUGAGCUCCUAUCGAACGAAGAAAAGCCCACAACGUAACAGUGGGAAGAGCACGAAGAACAGCGGCAGCAGCGGCCCAUGCCUGGCCCCGAAGCCCAGCCCCAAGAAGAAGGAGACGGCGAAGAAGGCCCGCUUCAGCCCAAGACCUCCAACGACGCCGAACCCGUUCUCUAAUACAGCGGAAGGCGAGAUCGUCACCAAGCGCCAGGCCGAGAUCGAGGAGGUCCAGCGAGAGAUCAAGGAGCUUACCGGCGAUCUGCACACCUGGGACAUGGUGAUGACCAACCAGUUUUCGCAAUUUGAAAACUUGAAGAAGCUCGACUCGACGAAUGCAAAGAUGGCCGACGAUGUGGCGCGCAAAAUGGAAAACUGCAACGAAUCUCAGGAGCUUCUAUACCGCGACACGUCACGACAUAUCAACGAGCUGCGCGUGGCCAAGCAGAUAUUGUGUCAAUCACCGGCCGAAGAACUAUUCUCGCUCCUGUAUACGAAUCUUCGAUGGUUGCUGUCCCAGAUUAGCGGACUAUGCAAACGGUUCUACGCGGCCGCCUACAUGUGGUAUUUUGGGCGCUCGAUCGCCAUAAGCCCGGCCACCGCCACCACGCAAGAAGAAGUCAAAGAAUUGCGGACGUGUGAUGAGAUUUCGCGACGA